AUGCUGGACCAACCGCACCAUCCUCUCCUGCUCCCGGAGAUUGUUAGCAAUGUUCUUGAAAAUGUUCGUAUGCGAGACCUCGCAAGCUGCGCUCAGGUCAACCGGACAUGGAGCACUAUAGCCUUAAAGCGCAUGUACGAGGGUUCAACAUGGGACAUGCAGUUCCGAACACCCGACAUUAUCUCCCUGAACUGUCUCUAUGUUGCCUCUCGGGAGCGCUUCGCCCGCCAUAUGGGAAAUGUCAAGCAUCUGCUCAUAGCUCCCGAGAACACUGUCGACAAAAGAGAGGUCGGUCUGCCGAAGAAGCUUGUUGCUUUGGAGGAGUUUCGUCCAAUGCGUGAUCCGGAAUAUGCUAAGAGUCUCUUCCGAUCACACAAUCCCCGAGUCAAAAGCCUCAUGGUCCCGUUUGGAAUUUACGGAUGGAGGAAGCGGGACUUCAUGGACGUCUUUCUCACACCAUCUGUCGAGUUCUUGGCUAUUGACGACGAGUUCUGUCGGUUUCUAGACAGCGAGCACAUGACCGCCAACCGUCUUGAAAAUAUAAGAGCCCUGACCAUCUACUGGUCAGGCGCCAGCAAGAAUGUGACAAGUCUCUGCUCGCUUCUCAACAGGUGCAAUCUCCGCUUCUUCCAUAUUGAGGACUUGCGCGACCCGACACCCAUGAGCGACUCCAAUGUCAGACAGCUUAUUGACUGCCUGAAACGACAGAGAGAUCUUAGAGCCUUGGCUUUGAUCAUCCCAGAGGUAUAUUCAACCAUUGCCCAACAGCUGUUAGUUCGAAACCCAUGGCCACACCUAAAAGCAUUGUCUGUGGGAAAUUUCGGCGACAGGCAUUGGGGACCCAUACGAUUGCCCAAAUUCACCGAGUUGGAGAUGCUUAGUCUGCGAUCCGUUGACCCUCUUUUGGGCAUCGUCGGCCGUGAACCUGAAAUCAAAAAUCGAUUACGGAUGCUGCAUCUCGAGGUUUAUGACAUCGAUGACGCAGCGCCACUCCUUGAUAUCCUACCUGGGUGUCAUCGCCUCCAGAAACUCAGCCUCGGGGAGAUAAGUAGCGUUGGAGGUGACCCGCCUGAACUCUAUGCGCGGUUUUACGAGCGUCUACCGUCUCUGCCCUCUCUGGAGUGUCUUUCAAUGUACUGGGAAAUUAACCUGGACAUCCAGGUCCUCCGACACGUCGCAAUACAGUGCCCACAAAUCACCAUCUUGAAUCUGUAUCCCCUUGAACUGAACGCAGAUAUCGUGACACUGAGAACCAUUCCUCCACUCCCGCAGCUAAAGGUAAUGAAGGUGUCGGAGAUAUUAUUCCACAACCCCCGCCAAUGGAUCCAAGGGGACGGGCUACAGCAAUUAGCAGCGGAAUGGAGGCGAAUUUUUCCUAAGCUCCGCGCCUGCCCAACACCAACGGAUACAGGCUACCCCGUUACGGAGCAGGAUAUCCGAGACCAUCUGCAGUACAGCUCCGAGGCAAGCUGGGAACACCCCAAUGAUUCCGACUGUUUGACAGCGCGUUUGUCCACGGUGCUCGGCCACAGGGACUGGAUCGACAGCGAUGUCGAGUAUGUGUACCAGCGCGAACUCGAGACUGAAGUCAUUGGGUGGCCGGUUGUGCGCUUGGGGGAGUUAGACCAGGCAGAAUCGCACUCUACCUAUCACCUCUAG